AUGGCAGCGCUAUGGAAAUCUUUUCUUGAUUGGCUUCGAAGUUUAUUUUUUAAGACUGAGCUCGAGCUCACGUUAGUUGGUUUGCAAAACAGCGGAAAGACAACAUUGGUCAACGUUAUUGCUUCUGGCCAAUUUAAUGAAGACAUGAUUCCAACGGUUGGAUUUAAUAUGAGAAAAGUCACAAAGGGAAAUGUAACAAUGAAGUUGUGGGAUAUAGGAGGACAACCUCGUUUCCGGAGUAUGUGGGAACGAUAUUGCCGCGGUGUCAACGCUAUUGUAUUUGUUAUCGAUUCAGCGGAUCACGAUAAAUUGGAAGCUGCACGAACGGAACUCAAAAGUCUUUUGGAGAAGCCACAGCUGGCAAAUAUUCCGGUAUUAGUGCUUGGAAACAAAAAUGAUUUACCUGAUGCAUUAAAUGUCGAACAAAUUAUUGAAGUCAUGAAUUUGAAGUCGAUUAAUAACCGGGAAGUAUCUUGCUAUUCAAUCUCGGCAAAAAAUCAAGUUAAUAUUGAUAUUACCCUACAGUGGUUAAUUAAGAAGGGUAAAGGAACAAAAUGA